AUGAUUAUCUACAUCAUCAAACCUAUCUAUCAUUUUUUAAAGCUCUUGUAGCUAAACAUUUCUUUUACUGUCUACCUAACCUAAGAAAUCAUUAAAUUUAUUAGAAUCGAAUUUUUCACUAUCUUCAAAGUAUUUUUUUAAUUCAUUUCUUUCAAACUACUUAUUGUAGAAUUCUAUCAACUCAUUUUUUCCUAUCUCAAACUUAUCUAUUUUAUUAAGUUCUAUUUGCUAAGAGUGUUUAAUAGCUUGGUUGACUUAAUCUUAUAAUGUUUCAUAAUAUUUAAUGAUUUUGUUUUUAAUUACUUCUUGUUUAUUAGUUUUAGAAUGAGUAGAAAGAUAUUCUAGCUAAUUGUUAGUAAUAUCCAUAGGCCAAUUUUGAAUUGGUAAAUGUUCUUCUUAAAGUAGAAUAUCUUAAAUAUACAAGUAGCUUUCAACUUUCUAUUAUUUAAGUAGACAAACUGA